AUGUCGGAUGAAAUUGCAGAAAAUGGGACUGCGAACGGGGACGUUCCAGAGAUCGAGCUUAUAAUAAAGGCUUCAACAAUAGACGGUAGACGAAAGGGUGCCUGCCUGUUUUGCCAGGAAUACUUCAUGGACUUGUACUUACUAGCAGAACUCAAAACAAUCAGUUUAAAGGUAACAACAGUGGACAUGCAAAAGCCGCCUCCUGACUUCCGCACCAACUUCGAGGCGACACAUCCGCCGAUACUGAUAGACAACGGCCUUGCUAUCCUCGAAAAUGAGAAGAUCGAACGGCACAUCAUGAAGUCCGUUCCGGGUGGUCACAAUCUAUUCGUUCAGGACAAAGAAGUAGCAUCUCUGAUCGAAAACCUGUACUCCAAGUUGAAGUUAGUUUUGGUACGCAAAGACGAGCAGAAGUCGGCGGCGUUGCGCGCGCACCUUAGCCGCAUCGAUGGUCUACUCGAGCGCAGAGGCACAAGGUUCCUGACGGGUGACACAAUGUGCUGUUUCGACUGCGAGCUGAUGCCACGUCUGCAACACAUCCGUGUCGCUGGAAAAUAUUUCGUCGAUUUUGAGAUACCCGCAAGUUUCCGUUCACUGUGGCGCUACAUGUACCACAUGUACCAACUGGAUGCGUUCACGCAGAGCUGUCCCGCUGAUCAAGACAUUAUCAACCACUACAAGUUACAGCAGAUAGCAACAAAAGGUUUACUAUCUCCAACGCUGACGCGGCAACGAAAAGAUGAAACACCUACGCCGGCGCUUAAAAUGAAGAAACAUGAAGAAUUGGAGACACCCACCUUUACAACGUCAAUUCCAGUCGACAUCAACGAUUCAAACAACACAGAAGAGUAA